AUGGGGCAGAAAAAAGUAUCGAAAAGGAAAUAUGUUAAUCCGAAAUUAGGAGGAAAUAAAGGCGAAAGUGGAAAGGAUACACGUCUUCCAGAUAACGCGGAGAACUCUGAAGAUUUGAUAGCGGCUCAAAUUAAUGUUGACGAAGACGCUACGGAUGAAGAGGUAGAAGAGGAUGCAGUCAUAUCUUCGGAUGAAGAAGUAGAAAAAGAUGCGGUUAUAUUUGAUUCGGAUGAAAAUAAUGACGAUUCAGAUGAGGAUGACGAUAAUUCAGAUGAGGAGGACUACAAUUCGGAUGAGGAGGACUAUGAUUCGGAAGAUGCUGGGUCGGAAAGCAGUUAUGAAGAGGAAGCGCAAGAAGAGUCGCCGACCAAGCCGAAAGAUGACAAAUUAAAGAAUAAAAGUAAGAGCGAAGAAUCUCUGAUAGCCAGAGGCAAGACGUCAACAUCGAGAGAAAUUACACAAGUAGAUAAAUUAAAAAACGAUAAAAAUCGCAGGGGUUUUGAUAAGAUACACAAAGACGAUGCAAAUAAACAAGAGAUUAAAACUAUAUCUAACAAUGCAAGUGACGAGAAUGAGUACGCAUAUGACAGCUCUGAUGAGGAAGAUAUUCGUAACACAAUUGGGAAUGUACCGUUGAAGUGGUACGACGAAUAUGAUCAUCUCGGAUAUGAUUGGGAAGGCAAGAAAAUUCCUAAGCCCGAAAAGGGCGAUGAAUUAGAUAACUUUUUGAAGAGAAUGGAGGAUCCUGACUUUUGGAGAACUAUAAAAGACCCUCAAACCGGUCAGGAUGUCGUACUGAGCGAGGCAGAUAUAGAUUUGAUUGUAAGAAUUCAAAAGCAGAAAGUUCCCGAUACUCAGUUCGACGAAUACGCGCCAUGGGUGGAUUGGUUCACUUCUGAAGUAAUGAAAACGCCACUUCGUAAAUUCCCGGAGCACAAACGUUCUUUCUUACCGUCUAAGAACGAGGCUAGAAAAGUAUCCAAGUUGGUGCACGCUCUCAAGAUGGGUUGGAUCAAAUCGACCACAGAAAUGCAAAAAGAAAGAGAGAAGAAUCAAGGGCCGCAGUUCUACAUGCUGUGGCAGUCCGACGAUCAGGCAGAGGAAAUGCGUAGAAUUCAUAAGCAUAUCCCAGCGCCAAAGAGACAUUUACCUGGCCAUGCGGAAAGCUACAAUCCUCCGCCGGAAUACCUGUUUGAUAAUAAAGAACUUAAAGAAUGGAACAAAUUGAAGGCAACUCCGUGGAAGAGGAAGUUACAUUUUAUACCGGAGAAAUUCGGUUCCCUGCGAGAAGUACCUGCAUAUCCAAGAUAUAUCAAAGAAAGAUUUCAGAGGUGUUUAGAUCUGUAUCUGUGCUCCAGAUCGUUAAAGAUGAGAUUAACAAUAGAGCCUGAGGCCUUGGUUCCGCAACUGCCCAGUCCGAAGGACUUGCAGCCAUUCCCAACAACAAUGUUUAUGGUGUAUAAAGGACAUACAGAUAUGGUCAGAAGUAUUACUGCGGAACCAGAGGGACAGUUUAUUGCGUCCGGUGGAGACGAUAUGUCAUUGAAAAUAUGGGAAGUGAGUACAGGCAGGUGCUUGAAAACAGUGCCUUGCGGUGGCGUCAUACGAAGUGUUUCCUGGCGUCCGAACCAAGCUAUGUCGUUGAUAGCCGUUGCAGCUGAUAAAAAAGUGCUUUUAAUCAAUCCUGGAGUUGGAGAUAACGUUAUUACCAGCAAAACCGAUGAACUUCUGGAGAUAAUACCACAGAGCGAAAUAAUAGUGAGCGACAGGGUACAAAAUGCAGUACAGUGGGAGCAAGCGGAAGGUGAAAACUGGAACAAUGGAAUUAGGAUAAUUCUAAAUCAUUUUAAAAUCGUGAAGCAAGUAACGUGGCAUGGAAAAGGAGAUUAUUUCGCUACCGUCAUGCCAGAUGGUCAGAAUAGAUCAGUUUUGAUAAAUCAACUAUCGAAGCGAAGAUCUCAAUUACCUUUUAAUAAAUCAAAAGGAUUAAUACAAUGCGUGCUGUUUCAUCCGAUUAGACCAUAUUUAUUUGUUGCGACGCAAAGGAACGUGAGAAUAUACGAUCUUGUACAACAGGUAAUGGUUAAAAAAUUAUUAUCUAAUUCACAAUGGAUAUCAACAAUGGACAUUCAUCCAGGGGGUGAUAACGUUUUAGUAGGAACAUACGAUCGCAAAAUGCUUUGGUUCGAUUUAGAUUUCAGUAAAGAACCUUAUCAAACAUUGCGAUUACACGGGACUGGCGUACGCGCUGUAGCAUUCCACAAACGUUAUCCUCUAUUUGCUUCUGGAGCCGAUGAUAGGGCGCUAAUUGUGUCUCAUGGAAUGGUGUACAAUGAUCUUCUACAAAAUCCGUUAAUUGUACCACUGAAAAGAUUGUGUAAUCACGAGUCAUAUAAUGAUUUUGGCAUUUUGGACGUCAUGUUUCAUCCUAUUGAACCGUGGGUCUUUUCCGCUGGCGCAGACUUCACUAUACGAAUGUACACAUAAAUAAGUACAUACAGAUGUUUGGAACAUCUAUAGGUAUUGCCGUCGUA